AUGGGUUCUUGGGGGUUCAGACGAAGACUGGAUCAGACUUCACAGGGUCAUGGGAAUUAUCAACGUGGAUCAUAUAUACCUCGACUACGGCUCCUCCCGCCCUGGUCUACAUUCAUUGUUUUCUUAACGCCGAUUCCAUUCAUUCGCAACCUCGUGAUAUUAUCUCAUAUCAGGGCUCUCAACAUGUCUUCAAGUGACAAGGAACUGAACUUCUUGAGCGUCAUUGCCUAUCCCAAGGCCCCCAUCAAGCCCAAUGUCGAUAUCGUCGCUGUCCACGGACUAAAUCUUUCGGGUGCGGAGGAUCACAGCUCCGAGGCAUGGACCAGUGGUGGCAAGAUGUGGUUGAAGGACUUCCUCCCUUCAAAAAUGCCCCAAGCCCGCAUCAUGAUGUAUGGCUACGAUGCCAUCCCUGCCUUCCGCAAGUCGCGUGAGGGUAUACAAGAAUGGGUUGUUAGUUUGCUGGAGUUCUUAAUUAUGGAACGCGAUGCCGAACCUGAUCGACCGCUCAUAUUCGUGUGCCACAGUCUUGGGGGAAUAGUGGUGAAGAGAGCUAUGACGGAAGCGAGACAGAACGAAAGAUACAAGGCAAUCUACGACGCAACAUACGGCAUGGCAUUCUUUGGGACACCUCACAAUGGCAGUAAACUCGCUUCACUCGCUUCAGUUGUUGCCAAUGUUUUCAGUGUAGUUCUUCGCAACCCUCAACCAAGCUUCAUGGAAGCGCUGAAAAGGAAUUCUCUUUUUGCCGACGUCAUAAGAGAUGACUUUAGACAUGGCCUGGAAAAGUUCCACGUGUUGAGCUAUUAUGAGACUAUUCCGCCCGAGAACAUGACUGGGCUAGUCGUCGACAAAAAGUCGGCCGUGUUGGGUCUUCCAAGCAGUCAGGAAACGCCUAUCUCUCUUGCGGGCAAGGAUCAUUCGGCGCUAUGCAAGUUUGACAACGAAGAGGCUAGUGAUUGCAAGAAGGUCAUGUUUGGUAUAUCAAAGCUAUGUGCUGCUGCUGUUGCUGCGAGGUUGAGAUUGGCUGAGGAAGCGAAAGCGCUCGCUGACCUCCAAGAGUUGCGCGCUCCAUCGGCAGAACCAACGACCAAGGAGGGAAAUCGCGACUCUCCGGCGCGCUCAGGCGUAGGCAUGUAUCGGACACUUUUGUAUCAUGCAAUCACUCGGUCCGAAUGCCUUCCUACACAUCUUCUCAAGGACUUCCUUAGGGCAUGGAAGAUGCCAGGCCACUCGUGGACUCAGUUUGAGCUGCAAAACAAGUUGAAAAGGCUAUUUCUGGAAGUCACUUCCCCACAAGGGGGCAAUGCUGCCGUGCGGAAGAUCUUUAUUUUCCUCGAUGCUCUCGACGAAUGGGAUGAUAACGAUCGCAAACAUUCUUCAGGGUUCGAAUUCUUCGAAAACCUCGUUCAUCACGGCAUACCUCUCAAAAUCUGUUCGUCAACACGCCCUCGUUUCUCCCCAAUCUCGAGAGGAUCUGUGAUCGAAAUGGAGAGUUACAAUAACGAAGAUAUCGGCCGUUACCUUGAAAAGACUAUUGGGGGACGUCACAUGAAAGAUAAACGUCGCCGGGUUCUCAUUGAGAACCUCAGUAUGAAGGCUAAUCACAACUUCAUGUGGCUUGUUUUGGUCGUCUGGGAUCUAGACAACUGGCCUACAGUAGACUUUGCCACCACCGAAAAUAUUCUGAAAAGAAUCCAGAAAAUCCCGAAGGAGCUGAAGGCAUUGUACGAUGAGAUCCUCGAAAGGCUUGCCAGAAAAUCCGACGACGCCAUGCGGGAAGAGAGCUAUUUUCUCCUCCAACUCAUAGCUUUCGCCAAGGAGGCUCUGUCACUUCAAGAAGUGAUGGAAGCUGUCUCAAUACUCAUUUACCCAGAUACGUGGCAGUCACAGCUGGAACACUUCAAAACAUUGGACUUUGCCGCAUGUAUCCGAACGUGGUCGAGAGGCCUCGUUGAGGUCAUCCGACCCGGUUCUCAGGAAACACCUGGGCCGAGUAUCGUGCAGUUUGCGCAUACGUCGAUCCAUCGACUUUUGGUAGACCAUUGCGGGCUGAAAUAUUUCGACCCGGCUGCCCAAGACCCGACAACCAACAAAAUAAUGUGUCAUUAUCGUGUGUUCGAGCUUUGUGUCCGAUACCUGGAACACGACACAUUGGCCCAACCAGCACUGAAGCUACACCAAUACGUUAUGUCUUUUUGGAUGGAACAUGCCCGCAACAGUGGUGAGCGUAUAAAUGCGAAGCAGUCCAUCUUUCCAGGCUUUCUCAAAAAGUGCAACGCGAUCACCAAGAACAUCGUUCUAUCAUCUCGAGAAAACAUGAUCCGGCGCAGUAACAUGGGCAAAUUCCGUGGCUGUGGAUCGAUAACCUACGAGGAGCGACUCAUAUGUCUGCUGGCCGCUGAGGGGUGCACUCAGCUUCUAGUCGUGCAUCAAGGGUGUACUCUCUGUUAUGGUACAACAACGGCUCUUAGGGAGCAAGAAAGCAUGCUUGGUUUAGGAUGUGCAUUGCUUCAAGCUGCUGAGCACAACAGGGUACAGACCGUCCAAUAUCUUGUCCGACAGUUGAACUGCGACGUCAACUUCAGAGGUGGCGAGAUCAACACAACGCCAUUGUGUCAAGCUGUUCGAUCGGGUUCGGUGGACAUGGUCAAAGCCUUGCUGGAUCUGGGCGCCAAAGUGGAUGUGUGUGCCGCGAGGACCUUCAAGUCACCUUUGAAUACAGCAGUCGGCUACAAUGAUGUGACGAUUGCGAAGAUACUUCUCAACCACCCAGGAGUUGAUCGCCGUCGUUUGCUUUGCCAACCCGACAUGUAUGGCCAGUACGCUUUACAUAUCGCUGCGUAUCAUGGAUUGGCUUCUAUGGUAGAAACUCUUUGCGAGCCUUGUGAAAGAGACGAAAUUGGCUACAUCUUAGACUUGAGCGACAGAAACGGUGAGACAGCCUACAUGGUGGCCGUGAGAAAAGGUCAUGACACAGUCGCCGCGGAGAUAUUGAAACGGCUGCUUGACAGUUAG